UGUAGGAACGCCAGCUCGGGUGCGCGCGCGGCUGAGUCUGCAGACAUCAAGCGGCGGGCUGGCGGCGUCUCACACUCACAACUUGUUGCCUCCGCACCAAGAAGACGCACACACACACACACACACACGCCCGGAGGAGUCCGAAAGAGAAGUAAAGUCUGCGCCAUGACUUUGGCGUGCUUGUGCGCGCUCCUCUCGCUGGUGGCGGCCGCCAGCCUCCGCCAGGUCAACGUCACCGAGGCGCAGGCGGCGUCCGCAGGCAACAGCUCGGGCAGGUGGGCCAACCGGACGUGGCUGCUGGACUUCGACGAGGGCAUGUUGGAGGACUGGCGCUCCCUGGCCAGCGGCGACGGGAGGCGCGGCGAGAGGACGAGCGUGAAGGCGCUGCUGGUGGCCGCCUACUCCGUCAUCAUCGUCAUCUCGCUCUUCGGAAACACGCUGGUGUGUCACGUCAUCGUCAAGAACAAGCGCACGCAGUCGGCCACCAGCGUCUUCAUCAUGAACCUGGCCGUGGCCGACGUCUUCAUCACGGUGCUCAACACGCCCUUCACCUUGGUCCGCUUCGUGCACAGCACCUGGGUGUUUGGCAGGACCAUGUGUCACGUCAGUCGCUUCGUGCAGUACUGCUCGCUGCACGUCUCCACGCUCACGCUCACCGCCAUCGCCGUGGACCGACGCCAGGUGAUCCUGCAUCCCCUAAGACCCCGCAUGACCUCGACUCAAGGCAGCGUGUGGGUCGCCGUCAUCUGGAUCAUGGCCAGCUGCUUCUCCCUCCCACACGCCAUCUACCAAAAACUCUUCACCUUCACUUUCAGCCAGGAGAGGGAGCGCAGUCUCUGCAUCCCAGACUUCCCUGAGCCCUCAGACGUCUCCUGGAAGUACAUCGACCUGCUCACCUUCAUCCUCCUCUACAUGCUGCCCCUCCUCAUCAUCACGGUGUCCUACACCACGGUGGCCCGCCGCCUGUGGCACCACAACGCCAUCGGCGACGCCACCACCGCGCAGCACGCCAACCAGAAGAGGAAGCGGCACCGCACGGUGGCCAUGCUGCUGAUGGUGGUGGUGGUGUUCGCCGUCUGCUGGUUCCCGCUCAACUGCUACGUGGUGCUGCUCUCCAGCCAGGCCAUCCACUCCUCCAACGUGCUCUACUUCUGUUUCCACUGGCUGGCCAUGAGCUCCACCUGCUACAACCCCUUCAUCUACUGCUGCCUCAACCCCAACUUCCGCCAGGAGCUCCGCCUCCUGCUGAGUGUGUGCAGGCGGCGCCGGAGAGUGAGGGCGGAGCUGGAGCUGGAGCUGGAGCUGGAGCCGGAGCGCCAGCCCGCGGCCGCCGGCGCUCCGUGCCGCAGGGACGCCUGGCCCGAAGAUGAGGAGCGCUUGGGGCCCAGGCAAGCUUUGCCUCAGCCCAGCAAGGUCUCCUCGCAGAAGACCGGGGAGUCGCGCCGUCUUAAGGACGUGCGGGCGCUCUUCAUCGCCAGACAGGCGCUCACGGGGAGAACUGACAUCCAGUCCGUGGAGCCCUUCGUGGUUGUCAACUGAAUACACUUUGGCUUGGUGGUCCUCCGUCCAUCUUCUACCUGCCAGACUUGAAGAGGAACUCCCCUUUUUUAGCAUUUUGCCAAUCAUUCACAAUCCUUAUGUAAGAUAAGAACACCUAGGUUUUUCCAUCCAUCCAUUUUCUACCGCUUCUUCCUUUUGGGAUUGUGGGGGGUGCUGGAGUGAUUGGAGCACAUACUUGUCGUUCAUCCUCGUUAUUUUCAGGCUCAAAAAUAUAAAUGAUAAAUGGGUUGUACUUGUAUAGCGCUUUUCUACCUUCAAGGUACUCAAAGCGCUUUGACACUACUUCCACAUUUACCCAUUCACACACACACUGAUGGAGGGAGCUGCCAUGCAAGGCGCCAACCAGCACCCAUCAGGAGCAAGGGUGGAGUGUCUUGCUCAGGACACAACGGACGUGACAAAGUUGGUACUAGGUGGGAAUUGAACCAGGGACCCUCGGGUUGCGCACGGCCACUCUGCCACUGCGCCACUGGAUCCUUUGUCCCCAAAAAUUUAUACAGUUGUGUCCCCUCCUUGGAUGGUUGAGGUGGGCGGGGUUUGGUGGUAGCGGGGGAUGUAAAAUGUAGCCCGGAAGAGUUUGGGAUGCAUGGGAUUCUGGGUAUUUGUUAUGUUGUGUUUAUGUUGUGUUACAGUGCAAAUGUUCUCCUGAAAUGUGUUUGUCAUUCUUGUUUGGUGUGGGUUCACAGUGUGGCGCAUAUUAGUAAGAGUGUUAAAGUUGUUUAUAUCACAACCCUCAGUGUGAACUGUAUGGCUGUUGAGCAAGUAUGCCUUGCAUUCGCUUACGUGUGUCUGCAGAAGCCUCAUACAACACGUGAAUGGGCUGGUGAGCUGUUUUCUAGGGUUGUAGAGGGCGCUAAACGCGUCGUCAUCAUAGCACGCCUUUAUUAUUGUUGUUUGGGUGAAAACCAGCAGACAGUCGAGAGAAAAGUUGCUAUGAAACUCGGUUGUCUCCCGAAAAAAUUGAGAUGGUUGGCAAAUGUGAUGUUAAGCGGCAUUCAAAUAAAACUCGCGGGCCGCACUAAUAUUACAUUUUCAUAUUAAGUUGCCGCCCCGCGUGUCUGAGACCCCAUGUUAAUACAAAGCAAAAGAAACUUUGUAC